AAACUCCAGGAAUACAUGCAAAGGAGAAUGGACACCGUGUUGUCGCUGAAGAACAACAUCACUGCUAAACGGGAGAAUCUGCAAACCCUGCAGGCCUGCGACAAAGCCAGUGCUCUCCUUUCCCAAGAACAAGACAGGAAAAUGGAGGAGGCCCUCCAGGCCAAAGGAUGCAACGCCACCCGAGCGAUUUUUCUGCAGAAACGACAGGCGGAGUUUGAGAGACAGAAGAAGGAAUUUAUGGAACAACAGAAAGCAAGGAAAAUCGAGAUUGUCUCUCGGAUUUUGAAAGAAAAUGCUCAGCUGGAAAAAGCGAGGCGGGAGUCGCGCCCGCGGAUGCCAAAGGGCAGGCGAAAGCUUUCUGAUGCCUCAAGGUGGCGCAUGAAAACAUGGCGGUACAUACAGGAGGCGUGUGGAGAUUCAGCGGCAACCGUUACGCAGAAAACGUGGCGGUCCCCUUCACCUUGUGACUUGCUUGAGGACAAAUGCUACUUUCUGGAAGGAUCACAGUGGACAAUGCCAGAAAUUAAAGAUGAAGACGAGGAGGAAGAUGGAAGUGAGACGCUAGCCGAGCCAGAGUUUACAGGCAUCUGGGAUCAAGAGUGCAGGAUAUCCGAGGUGUCAGACGACAGGAAGGACUCCAAACCUGUCGGUGCAACCAAACUGGAAAAAGAGAUUUUUGCUCAGAACCUGGAGAAGCUGCACAGCGGGGUCAUUCGCAAGCACAGAGUGUGUGGUCGUGAAUUUAAGGGGUGUCCUUUUUACAGCAAGCCAAGCCUCGUUCAUUUCAAGGACUUUGAUGUUGGAAAGACAUACAAAAAGAAGAUGGUCUUGAUCAAUGCCUUCUACAGCAUUAACUACUGCAAACUGGUCGGAGUCAGCGAGCACCUGAAGGAUUUUUUCACUGUUCACUUUGAUCCUCCCGGUCCGAUGUCUGCUGGAAUGUCUUGUGAAGUCGGGGUGACCUUUAAACCGAUGAUAAAUGAAGACCUUGAGGGAGAAAUCACGUUUUUAUCUCAGAUCGGUUCCUUUUCAGUCCCGCUAAAAUGUUCAACCAAGAAGUGUGUGCUGGCUCUGGAUAAAGAGCUCAUUGAUUUUGGCACUCAUGUGGUGGGAGAGACAAUUUCACGGACCAUCACCUUGACGAACUCCGGUGCCUUGGGAACCCGGUUCCAGCUGUGCAGAUCAGGCAGCUCGGAUGUGGCACACGCUGAGAUGCUUCUGCCCUCCGCUGAGAAAAUGGUUGGUUUGUCUCCGCUUCCUCAGAUGAACUUUCAAGCCCUUGGUGGUUCGAAGCCCUGGCUUCUCAGAAGGAAACGCAGCGCUGAGAAAAGCAGCAUCAACAGCCAGAGAGACUCCGUGGUUGACAAGGAAACGGUCUCUCCUUCCCGCUCCGAAGAGGUUAUCCAGCACAGCAACCUGAUGCCCGAGAAGCUGAGGUCCGACGUGACGGCAAGCGUCAUCCAGUUGGAGCAUUUCUGUCACGCGGCUUCGACGGUAGACAUAACCCGAGGAAGCCCCCUGCCCUCCCUCGUAAUGAGCUCCCUGGAAUGCCUGUGGAAGGAAGAAAUCGUGGCUGGCAAGGUUACAGAAGGAGACAUUGCGCCGUUCAGCUCCGUCAAACUUCAGAUUAAUUUCAUCCCAGCCAUCCCGGGGGACGUGCAGGCCGAUUUCAAGAUCGUCUUCGACAACCCCGACUGCAAGCCCUUGUGUUUCAGCGCCACCGCAGUGUCCAUGGCGGUGCCGGUGUGGGUGCCCAACCCAGAUGUGGACCUCAAGAUCUGCAUGUACGACAGACUUUAUCAGGACUGCAUCGUGAUUCACAGCAGAGCGACCAGUGCCCUGCGCCUGAAGUUCGACGUUUGCAAGGAACUGGCCAACCACAUGGAGCUGCUUCCCAAGACGGGCUACAUCCAAGCUCAGUCGUGCUUUAGCGUGCAGCUGAAAUUCCUGCCCAGGCAUUCUCUUCCGGAAGAUGCAGCAAAGUACUUCGAUGAGAAAACUGGUGUUCUGGAAGUCCCAAUGCUGAUAACAGUUUCGGAUCAGAGCAAGCCUGUUGAGUUUACGGUCCAUGCGAUCAUCACCACCUCGGAUCUGGAGAUCAGCCCAGCAGAACUGGAUUUCGGCUACUGCUCCGUCUAUGAAGCUGUCCGGACAAAAAUCACCAUAACCAACAAAGCCAUGCUGCCCCAGGAGUUUGGUUUUGUCGGACCCCCAGCGUUUGUAGAAAUUCAGCCCAAUGAUGGAUUCGGAAUCCUCCUGCCACUUGAAAGCUUGGAUUUGGAUGUAAUCUUCAAAGCCAAGGAGGCAAAGGAAUACAGCUUUCAGCUAACUUGCAAGACGGAGAUCAACAGGUAUUUCAAGCUGUCGUGCAAGGCGGUGGGAGUCCACCCUCCUCUCCAGCUCUCUCAUUCCUUGGUGCAGUUUUCCGCCACCGCUCUGAACGACGUGUCAACAGCAACGCUCUUUGUCAUCAACUCGCACGUCAGCCUCAGUCAGUUCAAUCACGCUGGCCCGAGGAUCGGCAGCGGGGAGGUGGCCCCCGUCGGGCCGACUUCCUUCCAGUUUCUGGUUCCUGAAGACGCACCCAUCACGAUCAUGCCGUGUGUCGGAACUGUCCUGCCCGGGAAGAAAUGCUUGAUCGAAGUGUCCUUCCGCCCGGUGUUGUGCGAUCAGCUGAUCCGGCUGGAGGCUGUCAACUUGCUGUGCCAGGCUGCCGAAAGCAAGGCGCUGGUGGAAAAGAAGGCCCGGGAGCUGGAGCUGCAGAGGAAGAAAGAGGAGGCCAUGGCAGGUCGGAAAGAUGGCAAGAAGCUGGCAAGCAUCUCAUUCCUGGGUCAGCUCUCCAAGGACAAGCAUGGCAACAAGCUGUUUGAGCCCCCCAGCCCAGAAGACAUAUGUCCAGAUUCUGAGGAGUACAUCGCGGCUCACCUCUCUCUGGUCCGGAGCUUCAGCGGCCGAUUUGACAAAUACGUCAUCCCUUGUUUUGUGGCCAGCGGUGAUAUAGAUGAGAAGAAAGGGGCAGAAAACCUUCAGUACAGCCCUUAUAAUACCUUGUACCUUGAGCUCCACUGCCCUGCCGUGGCCCCUGCUGUGGUCGUGGUGUCAAACAACGGGAAAACCGUGUUCAACUUCGGCGACGUCGCCAUCGGGCACAGAAUUAAAAAAGAAGUCAAGAUUCAGAAUAUAACUCAAGAACAACUAACACUGGGAUUCUCCCUCCUGAAUCCCUUCGGACCCUUCCUGUUGGUGAAUCCCAUUCGUACCCUUAGAGAAGAAUCCUGCAAUCUUAUAAUCUCAUUCUGUCCAGAGGAGAAAAAGUGGUUCUUUGAAACACUGGAAAUCAAAAGCGAGAAAGCGACCCUCACCCUGACCUUGAUCGGUCAGGGAGUGAUCCCCUCCAUCACCUGCUCCAUCGAAGGAGACGUGUUCAACAUGGGAUAUGUGGUUGCCAAGGAAAUGGCCACUGCCACCUUCAAGAUCGAGAACACGUCGCCCCUGCCCCUGACAUUCACCAUCCACCUGGAGUCGCUCUCGCCGAACCGAGACCAGGAACAGCAGGCGCUCCCCCCAUUCCUCACGUCUCGCAGGAAAACGAACUUAGUGGGCACACAGAACUACAGCGGCCUGAGCGUGUUCAGCGUCACCCCCAUGGAAGGCACCAUCGGCCUCGGGAAGGCCCAGGAGUUCACCGUCACCUUCAGCCCCGACCACGAGAGCCUCUACUAUUCCGACUGCAUUCGGGUCCUGCUCUUCGGCAAGGAAGUCAUCCGCGUGAUCCAGCUGAAAGGGGCAGCCAGGAAUCACAUGAUGUUUGUGGAAGGAGGCGAGCCGUUGGACGUGUCCAUAGAAUCGCUGGCCGUGACGACGUCUCUGUCGGAAGAGCUGGCCAAAGCAGAAAGUGACAAGUCCACAAGCUCCAUUCUCCUCAGCCUGGAAUCUGUUCAGUCAGAGACCCUCGUCAUCCCAGCUGUGAGAGAACUGAAAAUCGGAGGGAUACGCACGUCCCAGUUCGCAUCCAAGAAGAAUGUGGAAUUCAGCUGGGAAGGCCUGCAGCUUCUCCAGCUCAAAGGAUUCACCGUGGACCCCGUGAAAGGAAACGUGGAUCGCGGGCAGACCAAAGCCGUCACCGUUUCUUGGGUGCCCCCUGCCGGCUCAGACCUCAAUCAGCCCGUGACGGGCUCAGCCACCCUGGUCGUCAGAGGAGACGUGAAGGAAAUUUACAGCGUCUACUGUGUGGGCAGGAUCGUGACCAAGGCAGCCCCCGCCGACUCGAAGUGUCCCGUCGCCGCUGCCUCUCCAGACAGAUGACGGGGCCGCGUCCUGCCUGCCAGCCGAUCGCAGGACCCAACGUGGCGGAUCCCGCAUCUUUCCCACUCUGCCGAAAGAGGGCUCUCGGCACUGAGCUCUCUCGGCCGUCGCAAUUCACUCCCCUGAUGACCUUUGUGGCUCCAACCACAGCUCCCCACACAUGGUGGAAACCGCCUUUGCAGAAGCUCAGUCCUCUGAAGUUAUUCCAGGCCUCUUGCAAACCGAUGUCGAUCACCCUGAAGGGCCGAUAAUGGCUGCUUAUCUUUGCCGGCUGAUCGGCAUCCCCGCUGUUGAGCAGCGAGGCCAAUCCCCGGGUGAUGAUUGCACGUCUCGGGUGGAGCUAGAAAAGGCAGUAAUUAUCCUCUCACCUGCGCUGCCCAGUAUGUCGGCACAAAUGCUUGUUAGCAAGCCGUUGUUACAAUAAACACACGCCCG